AUGGCUCUUGUGACAUAUGUAUUACUCAAAGCAAUAGUCUCGGGAACUCAAGGCAACAAAUUUCAUCCAGAGGUUUUAGGAGUUAAUGCAACUUCUGCGUUUUUUCUUAUGGUGCUAGAAUUGGCAUUUAUUAAGAUGGGAUGUUAUUUGUUGAACAUUACAUCGGAUACUAAUAUAUUAAAUUUACUGGCAUAUUCUGGAUAUAAAUUCGUUGGUGUCAUUGUCACUUUGGCCGUUUCUUUGAUAGCACCUUUUUGGUUUGUUGUUAGCACAUUCAUUUACACUGCUUUCGCUAACGGAUUUUUCUUGCUGCGAUCGCUUCGACAAGUCGUGUUUCCUGAUGCUAGUGCUACUGUCGGUAUUCAACCUCGUCAAAAAAGAAAAAGAAUACAUUUUCUUUUUCUUGUCGCGGCUCUACAAGUUGUCUUUAUGUAUUUACUUGUAAGAUAA